GCGGACCGGACGGUGCGGGACGGGCGGGGGGCUGCCGGGUGCCGGAGGGACGGGACGAUACCAGGCUGGGAUGCUGCUUAUGGAUGCGGGGCGGAUCUGGCGAUGCUGGACGGGGCCGGGACUAGCGGGUGCCGCAGCUCCGGGCCGGGCUGGAGCUGCCCGCUGCGGUUGGGGUCCCGCCCGGAGCCGGGGUCUCACCCGGAGCAAGGGUUUCACCAGGAGCCGGGGUCUCACCCGGAGCAGGGGUUUCGCCCGCCCGGAGCCGGGGUCCCGCCCGGAGCCGGGGUUUCACCAGGAGCCGGGGUCUCACCCAGAGCAGGGGUCUCACCCGGAGCCGGGGUCUCACCCGCCCGCGGGGCAGCUUCCCUUGGCAGGCAGCCGCCUGUGCCUGUACGAGGACGGCACGGAGCUGACCGAGAGCUACUUCCGAGCGCUGCCGCCGCAGACGGAGCUGGUGCUGCUGGGCCCCGGGGAGAGCUGGCGGGGCUGUGCCAGCGACAUCGAGCUGCUCCUGGCCGCGUUCUGCAGCCAGCAGGGCGCUCUGGUGGAGGCUGCGCGGAGGCUGCUGACGGACGAGCGGGCUCCCCACAGGCAGAAGCUGCUGGCGGAUCUCAUCCACAACCUGAGCGAAAACAUCCUGGCCGAGAACAGGGAGGAUGAUAAGAAAUGGUUUGAAGGGCUGGAGUCUCGGUUCAAGAACAAAUCCAGCUACCUGCGGCAUAGCUGUGAGAGCAGAAUGCGGGGCUACAUGAGAGAGGUUAGUGGUUUUAUUUCAAACGUUCAUCCUGCAGCACAGGAUGCCUACAGAGGGAUAAUGGACCUGAUGGCAGAUAAACUGAAAUCCGUGAAGUACAACGGGUGCUACUUUGACAGAAGGGAGGAGGAGGAGGCAGCACGCCUGUGCACCGCGGAGGGGUGGUUCUCCUGUCAGGGCCCUUUUGACAGAGAUGACUGCCCGUGUAAGCAUUCCAUCAACCCCUACAGCAACAGGGAAAGCAGGAUCCUCUUCAGCACCUGGAACCUCGACCACGUAAUUGAGAAGAAACGUGCUGUUGUCCCAGAACUGGCAGAAGCUGUCAAAACACGAGACGGGAGAGAAGUGAACUGGGAAUACUUCUAUCAGCUGCUGUUUACCCUGGAUAAUUUAAAACUCGUACAUAUUGCUUGCCAUAAGAAAACCAAUCAUAACCUCAGCUGUGACAAAACCAGAAUUUACAGAAAGAGGAAGCAAACCCAUGAGAUUUCCUAGUGCUGUCUCUGUUAGGGACCUGCUGCCUUUUUCAAUCAUGUCAGCCUGUUGUUUUUAAAUAGCUCCAAUUUCUUAAAUAAGAACUAUUUGAGAAUCCCUGGCACAAGACUGGCUGGGUAACCAAACCUGAGCCUCACAAAGCACACUCCAAUAUCCCAUUUAAUUGUCCUCUCCUGCCUUCCCACUCCUUACAAGCUUCCCUCAAAUCAAGUGUGAUAAAGGUACAAAAUGAGCCAGAGGCUGACUCUGAUUCUACCCUGUCAUCUCUGCCCAAUGUUGGCCCAAAAUUCACAGUACACAGAAAUGAAACUUGGACAAAACUUUUUUUACAAACUAACCUGCAGGGGCUCAUAGACUCCUGUUCCUCUGGAGAUCAAACCAAAGAAGGAUUUAGGAUCACGUUUUAUCUGUGCCUUUUUCAGGUAGCUUCAGGAAUGCCAAAGGUGGCUCAGCAGCAGCUCCUGCCCUCAUCCCCACCUGCCCCUUUGCCAUUGCUUCAGAUGUGCAUCUCCUAGAAAGAAGAGCAAGGCUAUGGCUUUUUUUUUUUUUUUGGCUUUUUCCACCUUUGUUUGCCAUCUUCCCUGCUGAUUUCCCUCUCCUUUCUAACACUUUCUGCCUCCAGCCUGAGUUUGCUUGACACACCACCAGAAAGGACAGCUAUAAUGAUUAUGUUUACAGUAAUGUUUACCCACUGCCUUGGAGAACACUGUUUUGGUAAAACAUUUCCUACCUCAGGCAACAAAUCAGGAAUAGUUCAAUUUUUUACUUGAAUUUUUUUUUUUUAAUACCAGCUGAUAGCAACUGAACUUUUGGGAUUGUCAAUGUAGAUCGUGUGAACAUUUUAAAUAAAAAAUGCCCCCACAUCUGUGUGUGUGUGAGUACAUAAAGGUACACAAGACAUUAAUCAGGGGUGACAGAGCAUGAAGGGAAAUGUGUUUAUGAAUUGAGCACCAGCUACUUACUGCUCUGUAAAUAAUUAGGAAAAGCUCUAUUUUCCCCUCAUAUUGUUGGUCCUGGACCUGUUAGUCCAGAUGAAAUUGUGUGGAAAUGAUAUUUCUGCCCAAGCCCCAAAUUACUGGGUCUUGGAAGCUUUGCUACAGAGAGUAUUGAUUUACUUUAAACAGCAAACUCAGUCCCCUCCCAAAACCUGCAAUCUGAAAAGCUAGGAGGUGCAUUUUUAACAUGGGAUUUCUAAUUCCACUGCAUGUAAUUGAUCUUUCCUGCACUCUUUGACACUGGGCAGGAUUCUGGUGACAAACACAGUGUCACCUGUGUGGCUGAAAAUGCAUUUUGCAAGUGAAAUGAAUGUCUGUGUGAAACUGUGUUUGCUAGAAAGAGCCAGCAGCAAACAGCACUGAAGGAAUGCUGGGAGGAGCUGCUGCAACACAGAGCUGGGCUGGAACUAUGAAUAUGCAAUUAAAAAAUCUGGAUUUUUCCGUGUUACAGAAUUAGAGUGAAAAGGAGCCAAGAAAUAUCUUUGACAGAAACAAUGCAUCAGCUGGAGUGGAAAUGGAAAUGCAUUACCAUGCCAUGCAUAUGCAAUUUGUUUGCCUUACAACUUUUGAAUGUUUAACAAGCUCUAGCUGUAGAAAUUAAUAUUUAUUUAAACCAUCUGCUGAUAACAUUUUCUCUCUAUUUUUAGAAACAUAGAAGGAGCUAUAACAAUAAAUAUCUAGAAGCUUAUUGCAUAAUCACACUUUCAAAGAAAUAUUCCCACAAACACUGGGUGAAUUAACAGUUCCUGGAAUUGGCUCAGGUUGCUCAUUUUGUUUUUUAAACAUGCAGAGGGGGCUGUCCCACAGCCUCAGCAAUCUCCCUCUGUCCAUAAAGGGACGGUAUUUGUUGUGUAUCAUCACCAAAGCAUUUGUUUCCAAAAUCCCUGCUGGAAACCAGUUGGAAAUCAACGAAGGACAACACUUAGAGCAGCAGGUGGAGGGAGGAGGCAGCACCACAGGGUGGGUGUUUGGGGAGCUGAUGUGCAAUGAAAAUGUGCUGAACUCGCAGAGAUGAGAACACUGAAUCCAUUCUGACAUCCUGCAUUUCAUUUUGCCAGCAGAACUGCAUUUUAGAGGUGUAAUUGGUCCUGGGUUAGGUGUAAACAACCCACACAAGGAAGACCUUUGACCUUCCUUGUACCAGGGAGUCAGUUGGCCCCUUCAUUACCUGGAUGCCACAGACUGCAGAAUUAAACAACUUUGCUCCAGCAUCCUUUUCUUGA